AAUGCAAACUACAUAAGCAAUAAAGGGCGAUUAGGUGCAGUGCAUUGUCAUAUCAUCUGCAGUCUGCACGUAUUAAUAAAGUAUUUGCAUACUUUGCUUACAAAAGCAGCGGGUAUAUAUAUAUCUAGGGUUAAUGUUAUGAGCUUGGAAUUGCAAUUAGUAGCAUAGAUCUUGAAGAGAAUCGCGUGCAGGCAGCAUGAGUAGAGGUGAAAGAUCUGGUGGUGGACAAAGCUCCUUGGGCUACCUAUUUGGGUCCGAAGAGAAGCCAAAUCAGCCUCUUCCCACCACAACAGUUUCUUCAUUACCACCCUAUGGUAUUGACAUCGACAUCGCCAUGCCCCAUAACGUUGUUGCUGCUUCUAACACCCAACUUGUUGCCUCAAACAACGGAUCUCAAGGCCUGCACUCUGGAAACAUUGUAACCAAUCGUCCUUCAACAAAAGUAAAAUCGGUACCUGGUGGACAUUCUUCGCUUGGAUACUUGUUUGGAGAUAAGUGAUGUUUCUUUCUCCGACAUUGAUUGAUAGUGGUGCAUGCUUCUGACAAGGAGAAUUGAUACUUAUGUAGCCAUGUAUGUGUGGUGUGGGGUUUGAGUGAAUAUAUCACUUAUAGUUUGAUUUUAGAUUCAAAAAAGAAACCCAAAAAACAAUCAAAUAAAGAAUUAAGUUUUCUAUUUCUUGGAUUAGCGAGGAUCAAGUUAAAUCUAAAGACCAAAUUAAAUACAAGUGUAUAAUGUGCGUCAGAUGAGUGUAAAAUAAACCAGUGUGUGCUUUCUCUAGUAGUUUUAGUCAGUUUGAAUUGAAUGUUGAGUGUGUUAUUGUUAUUUUGUUUUGGUAAAUGUGUUAUUGUUAUUUUAUUUGUACUUCAAACAAAUAACAGAAGUUAUAUAGUUUAAUUUUAUUUCAGU